AUCCAUGGCUUUACAGAAUUAAGCAUGCAUGAUGGCUUUGAAGAGAAUAUCCAUUAGCAGUCUCAAAGCUUGGCUUCUGAUGAUCCUCCUCUUCGUCUCCAUGCUUCUGUUAGCUAAUAACUCACAUCAUCAGAAUCAGGUAGCAGCAGAACGGCCAUUGAUGGAUGGAAGACUGAUGAUGAUGAUGGAGAUGAAGACGAAGGCUCGUAGGAAUAGGAUACUGAGGGUAUCUUCAAGAAGCGAUGACCCUCACAAUGGAAACUAUGUAUCUCCAAUCCACAAACGCUAAAUACUACUUAGCUUGAUUGGUUCAAACUGCGAAGUUAUGUUCUGGAAAGGAGGAUGAUUUUUUCCCCUUCUAAUUAUAAAAUAGGGUUCAUAGA